AUGCGUCGUCGUCGUGAAUCAAAAUUUGAACGUCCAACACGUGCUGAUAGUAUGGGUAGUGCUGUAUUUAAUGCAAAAGAUGUACACAGUAUGCAUAACUCAUUGAAUAGUGAAUUCAUGUUGUAUCAGCUUAUUUUGAAGCGUAUACUAAGCGAAAAAAAUAAACAGGGAACGGCUACAAAUGGAUUGUACGAUUUUUUCAAGCCCGAGGACGAAGGUGACACACGUACUAUGAUAGAAUUCGAUAAAACAUACAAACCAAGUCAAGCUGUUUUUUGGUACACACGUGAAAGCUGUGUUUAUCGUAUGCUCAAUAAAGCUUUGCGAACACAAAAUAUCAAUCAUUUACUCGGUUUCAGCACAUUCAUCUGUGAUCUAAAUAAGCAGUUGGCACAAGAGCAAAUACCGUUUAUGAAAAAAUUUAAAACACCAACGAUUCAAGUUUAUCGUGGACAACUUAUCAGUAUAGAUGAAGUUAAUCGAAUGAAAUCUGGUAUCGGUCAAUUGAUUGCAAUGAAUUCCUUUUUGUCUACCAGUACAAACCAAAAAAAAGCCAUAGAAUUCGCUACUUCUAGACCGCCACCUAUCGAUACAUUAACAUCAAUUUUACUUGAAAUGAAUGUUCCUAUUGGACCAUCGACUCGACCAUUUGCUGAUAUAAAACAUUUAAGUGCAUUUCCUAGCGAAGAAGAAAUUCUUUUUAUGUUCGGUGCUGUUUUUCGUAUUGAUAACCUUUAUGAAGAUAAAGAGAAAAGUAUCUGGCGAGCAAAGUUGACCUUAUGCAAUAGUGAUGACGCUGAUUAUAAAGCAUUUAUGGAAACAUUAGCAAAAGAUUUGAAGGGUAAAGAUGAUUUAGUAUCAAUCGGUAAUUACUUGCUUCAAAUGGGAAAAUUUGACGAAGCUGAAUCACAUUAUCAAAUACUGAUAGAAAACAAUUUACUUGAAAAUGAUUACGAUCUAGCAACUUGCUAUCAUGGACUUGCACAAACAAAUACAAAAAAAGGCGACUACGAUUUAGCAUUGGAUAGCAUCGGUACCGCAUUGAAAUAUUUAUCGAAACCGCUUAACGAAAAACAUUAUUCUCUCAUUGCACAAUGUUAUAAUGAGUAUGGUUCAGUAUAUUGUAAGAAAGGUGAUUAUUUAUUGGCUUUCAAAUACUAUGAGAAGGCAUUAUUGACAAAAUACAACAAUGUUGCAACAACUUAUGCUGGAAUUGCUGAAAUUCAUCAACUAAUGGAGAAUUACAGUCUAGCAUUGGAGUAUCAAUAUAAACGUCUCGAACAACAAUGGGAUGCACCACCCUCGAUGAUUGCAAAUACAUACAUUGAUAUUGGUAAAAUUUAUUCUCUAAUGAAACAACAAGAACAAGCCUCGAGUAUGUUCAAUCAAGCAGUUAAAAUUCAAUUGAGAACACUCCAUCCUGGCCAUCCUGAUCUUGGAUACACUUAUAGCGCUGUUGGAUUGAUGUAUUCAGAAAUUGGUAAUGAACAGAAAGCAUUGGAAUAUAUUCAAAAAGCAUACCAAUUACAAGUAAAAUCGUUACCGGCGAAUCAUCCAGAUUUUUGUGAAAGUUAUACACAUUUCGGAAAUUUAUACUUGAAAAAAGGAGAUUUGGAUAAAGCAUUGAUUUAUUUUAAAAAAUUACUCGAUAGUCAAAUCAAGACACUAUCAGAAAAACAUCCAUCAGUUGCUGAUACUUACACACUGAUAGGAAAAGUUUUCUAUGGAAAAUCAGAUUACAAACAGGCAUUAUUCUAUUAUAAAAAAUCACUUGAAUGUCAAUUGGAGAGAAAACGAUUCGGCGAUUCAUCAUUAUCGACCAUGUAUAAAACCAUAGCCGAUAUUCACUUGAAAAAUCGUGAUUUAGAUGAUGCAUUAGAAUACUAUCAUAAACUCUUGGAUAAUGACCUUGAAAGAAAAGUAUUGGAAGAUCAAUCGUUUGCUGAGACAUACAAAUUAAUCGGAGAUAUUUAUUGUGAAAAAGGUGAUUUUCGUCAAGCAUUGUUCUAUUAUUAUCGAUUACUUGAUUGUCAAUUACAAGCAAGACCAUUCAAAGAUUCAGCAAUAGUCGAGUCAUACACAAUGAUUGGAAAAAUCUACUUGGAGAAACCAUACGAACAAACAUUACUCCGUUUCAAUAUAUCCCUUGAUGAUGAAAUACGAGCAGCUGGAUCGGCAAAUGCAUCCUUACUCUACGAUCACAUUAUUGUCGGUGAUAUUCAUUUUGAAAAACGACAUUUAGAUCAAGCAUAUAAUUAUUUUAAACAAUUACUCGAAAAUCUACAGAAAAAAGAACCAGUUGAUCGCCAGGCAUUAAUCGACACCUUAAAAAUUCUCGGAAAUAUUUGCACAGAUAGACAAGAUUCCGAACAAUCAUUAUUCUAUUUGCAUGAAUUAUUGAAACAUGAGGGGGUAAGACAAAAACCAUUGGAUGACCCAUCCUUAGCCACUACCUACAAGUUCAUAGGAAAAAUUUAUUGUGAUAAAAACAAUUUCGAAACAGGAUUGGGCUAUUACAAUCGACUACUUGAUUCUCAGUUAAAAACGAAACCAUUGAACAAUGCAUUAGUGAACGAUACAUGUGUAUUAAUCGGCAAACUUUUCUUGGUAAAACCGUUUCAUCAAAGAUUAAUGCAGUUCAAUGAAUUGCUUGGGAUUCAAAUACAAGAUAAUGGAUUGACAGAUACAUCAUUAGAUGAGACUCUUUCAAUUAAGAGUGAUGCAAAAUUCGAACAACGACAUCUAGAUCGAGUGGUUAAUCAUUUUCAACAAAUGCUCAAUGAUAAAGACACAACAUCACUACCAAGUGACUUAUCAUUACCUGAUGUAUAUAAAAUUCUUGGAAACAUUGCGAUUGAAAAAAAUGAUUGGAAUCAUGCAGUAUUCUAUUAUCUUAAAUUGUUAGAAAAACGAAAUAUGUUAUCGAAACAGGAUCCAGCAUUAAUUAAGAUGCAGAAAAUUAUUCGAAAUAUGUAUUUCAACAAACGUGAUUUUAACCAAGCAUUAAAGUUUUUUCAACAAUUACUUACUGAUCAACUUGUAAGCAAUCCUGAUGGAAAUUCGGUGUUAGCCAAUAUCUACGACAUCAUCGGAAAUUUUUAUUCUGCACUUGGCUUAGUUGAUGUAGCUUUAGACUAUUAUCGACAAUCUUUGACUAUCUACGAGCGAAUGCCUACACCAAAUAAUGACGCAAUCAAAAAACUGAAAAGUGAAAUGCGCAAGCUUAUCGUAUCCGAUGACGUGCUAUAG